AUGUAUAAUAAUAAUGUUGGCGGCGGUGGCGGAGUUACUGGUGGCGGCGGAGACCAAUCUGAUUUGUCAGCAAUGCCAAUGCCAAAUAUUCCUGCCGACUUUGAUAGCUUGAUAAAUAGUAUCAGCACCAACAACAACCUCAACAACAAUAGUUACAACAGCAGCAGCACUAUCAGCAACAACAACAUGCCAAACAACAUGGGCAUGAGAGGCAAUAUGAUGAGUAACAACAUGAUGCCCACCGUUGUCGGCAACGGUGUCGUCUCACCUAAUGGCGGAGGCGUGAUGGGUGGUGGCUAUGUUGCCAUGAACAAUAUGACUCCCAUGAAUAACAUGAACAUGAACAACAACAUGAAUAUGAACAACAACAUGAAUAGGAAUAGUUACAUCAACAACAACAAUAAUAAUAAUAAUAAUAGACGAGGAUACAACAACAACAACAACAACAACAACAACAAUAAUAAUAGACGUGAACUUAAUGAUGAUACACCUGUACUGAUUAAGGAUACCAAUGGCAAAGUUAUUGGAGAUAAGGAGAAGCCAGGCCGUACUUUAUUCAUUAGAAACAUUGCGUACAAUGUUAAGGAGGAGGAUCUCAUUGGCAUGUUUGAGAAGGCCGGUGAUAUCCGCAAGAAGUUCUCAGUGAUCGACACAAGAGGAAUAACAUUCAUAACAUACUACGACAUCCGUGAUGCUGAGAAGGCAAGGGACGACCUGCAAAACACAACAUUAUCUGGAAGACAGAUAUCCAUCCAUUUCUCAAUCCCAAAGGAGGACGCCAAUGGUGAGAGCUCAAACUCUGGCUUCAUCCUGGUCAAGAACAACAAAAUGCCAGCCACUGAGCUAAGAACAUUCUUUAGCACAUAUGGUGAUGUCCGUGAUGUCACAACCUACAAGGAUGAUCAACAUCUUGUUGAGUUCUAUGACACUAGAUCAUGUGAGAAGGCAUUGAAGACUGCUCAGGGUCUGCCUCUGGCAGGUCAAACACUUGACUUGGGUCACUGGGCACCAAAGGAGGGUGCAGCAAUUAUUGAUGCCUCCGAGUUCCGUGGUGGUCGCGACAAUAGAGGUGGAAGAGAUGAUAGACGUGGUGGUUAUAACAACAACAACAACAACAAUGGCGGUGGCUAUAACAAUAACAACAACAACAACAACAACAGAGGAGGAUCAGGACCAAUGAGGAACAACUAUCAAAACAAUGACCGUAACCCAGACUACAGAAGAAGAAACAACAAUAGUAGUGGAAGCAACAGUGGUGGCAGUGGCGGUGGUGGAUACAACAACUACAACAGCUACAACAGCAGUGGUAGUGGCAGUGGCAGUGGCAGUGAUAGUGGAAGCAGUGGAAGUAGACCAAACAACAUAUCCAUGAACAUGCCAAUGAACAACAACAUACCACCAAUUGGCGGCAACAACUAUAAUGAUGGCGGCUAUGGCAACUAUAACAACAACAUGAACCCAGGCUAUGGAAUGAACAAUGAAUAUGGUAUGAACAACAAUAUGGGAGGCAUGGGCAACAACAUGAUGCCAAUGGGUGGCGUGAUGAACGGAGGAGGAAUGGUGCCACCAAUGAACGGUAACAACAUGGGCAACCCAAUGAUGAACAGCAACAUGCCAAUGGGAAUGGGUAUGAACAACAACAACAUGCCAAUGGGAAUGGGCGCUCCAGGCAACCCCGGUAUGCCACCCGCUGGCGGCAUGGGUUCCAACUUCAACUUUGAUCCGACCAACCAAGAGAUGUUGAACAGCAUGGUACAGUCGAUCAAGGUACCAACAUUCAACAAUCAAUGGAACAACGGACCAUCCAGCAACACUGUCAACCAGACCUCGCCAAGCCAACGGUACCAGCCAGCGGUCUAG